CGAAAACAAUUAACGUCAAGCACCCAAUCUCUCUGUAGAGCUCAGUGGAGCGUUGUCGCCCUGACGAAAGCCUGGUCAACAAUGAACGAACCGGUAGUUACUGUAAAGCAAGGUAAAUUACGGGGUGGUAUACAGAAAAGUGUUCUUGGUUCUUCUUUCAUCGCUUUUCAUGAGAUACCUUUUGCCGCUCCUCCGAUCGGCGAACUCAGAUUCAAGGAUCCUCAACCGCCGGCUCCAUGGACGGACAUCAAGGACACCGGGAAAGCUACCGAGAAACGUUGCCCGCAAAUGAAAGAAGUCAAGCCGCACGAUGUGAUCGGCGAGGAGGACUGUCUUUAUCUGAACGUUUACACCAAUUCUCUCAGCGAAUGCAAACCAGUCAUGUUCUGGAUUCAUGGUGGUGCAUUCUUAACUGGAACCGGAAGCUUCAAAGACAAACGACCCGAUUACUUGCUGGCAAAAGACGUGGUCGUUGUUUCGGCGAAUUAUAGACUGGGUGCUUUCGGUUUUUUGAAUCUGGGUCACAAGGCGGCGGCUGGCAACCAGGGUCUGAAAGACCUCAUUGCUGCUCUGGAGUGGGUCAAGGAGAAUAUAGCCAAUUUCGGAGGGGAUCCUAACAACGUGACAAUUUUCGGCGGGAGCGCCGGAGCUGCGUUGUCUCAAGCGUUAACCAUGUCACCACGGGCGCAAGGACUUUUUCACAAAGCGAUCUUGCAAAGUGGAUUAUUGACGUGCCCAUGGUCUAUAAACCAGAGUCUGCCAGAACGUGGCUUUAGGCUCGCUGGUAUACUUGGAAAAGACUCCAAUGACCCCGAAGAGGUCAUUAAAUACCUACGGACUAUCGACGUCAAGGAAAUCGUCAAGGCUCAAGCGAACGUUCUUACAGAGGAGGAGACAAACGGUUUCUGUCUUCCGUUUGGACUGAACAUUGAUGACAUCGCUGAUAAUCCAGUUUUGCCAUUACCGAUAGAAGAGUUACUUAUGAAUGAUGUUAAUAUUCCAAUUGUCGUUGGUUAUUCAUCACACGAGAGUCUUAUGUUCAUUAAAGAUAAAUCUCAAAAAACAAUGAAGCACUUCGAUACGUAUCUGCUGGCGCAUGUGAAACAAUUAGCAAUGUUAAAAAAAUUGAGUCCCGAAGAUACCGAAACGUUACUGAAAACCGUUAGAGAUUCGUAUUUUGAUGGACAAUCGAUCACUACAGACAAAGUAGAUGGACUCGUACGUCUCAUAGGUGAUAUUUAUUUUGGUAUUCCAGCGAAGUUGUAUGUAGAGGAUCGAGUGAAAAGAACAAACGCACCCACUUACUUUUACGUGUACUCGUAUGUUGGUACUCAAAAAACACACACGGAUCUCUUGGUCGAGCGUGUCACUAAAGGAGCAUCUCAUGUCGAUGAAAUGGCGUAUCUAUUUUAUCUGCCUCCUGCUAAAAUUGGUGACCCAGAACCACCAGCAGUAGGCACAAAGGAUAGAACUAUAUCGGAACGUAUAACUACACUGUGGACCAACGUUGGUAAAACAGGAAAUCCUACUCCAUCCCUUGAUGAUUAUAUUAAAAUCAUCUGGGAACCUGCGUCAAAGGAUAAGCUUCAGUACUUAGAUAUCGGUGAGGAGUCCCAGUUAUUACCUGUGGAACCACACAUUCUCAGCUCCAUUUGA